UUUUUUCAAAAUUAUUUCUGCGUUUUGGUGAAUUUGAUGGGUAAUCUUAUUUGUUCCUAUGCCUUUUAGUGGUGGAAGUUAUACAUAUAUGUCAUUACUUCCUUCUAAUAUUGAAUUGCUUUGUGUAUUACAUGUUAUAGCGUGGCUAAAGGGUGUUUUUAUUUUUUAUAAUUUAGUUUAAUUUUUUAUAAUUUCGCUUCUUUUGUUGAAAUUUUGUGUGAGCUUCUCUUUCUUGGUAAAAUGCACUGAACCCUUUUUCUACAAAAAGGGGGAAAAAAAAAGGAGAAGACCGAAGACAAAGAAAUGAAAGAAAACGAAGAAAAAGAAUAUUGUUGUCUGUCCAAGAUCACAUAGAAAAUGGUGAAGGCUGUUGCUGUUCUUAACAGUAAUGAGGGUGCUUGUGGAACUAUCUACUUUGCUGAAGAAGGAGAUGGUUCGACUACAGUGACUGGGAGUCUUUCUGGCCUUAAGCCUGGACUUCAUGGCUUCCAUGUGCAUGCCCUUGGGGACACAACAAAUGGUUGCAUGUCAACUGGACCUCAUUUCAAUCCUGCUGGAAAAGAGCAUGGUGCUCCUGAAGACGAGAAUCGUCAUGCUGGUGAUUUAGGAAAUGUCAUUGUUGGUGAGGAUGGUACUGUUAAUUUCAAAAUUGUUGACAAGCAGAUUCCUCUCACUGGAUCAAACUCCAUUGUUGGAAGGGCUGUUGUUGUCCAUGCUGAUCCUGAUGAUCUUGGAAAGGGGGGACAUGAGCUCAGCAAAAGCACGGGAAAUGCUGGUGGCAGAGUAGCCUGUGGAGUUAUCGGAUUGCAAGGCUAAAAAACUAGCUCUACCGACACUCAUGGUAAACACAUGUAGUUGAAGACAUUUGUUUUGUCAUGCAUGAGAGAUCCCUAGACUAGACUCAAAAACUUGAAAGAAUAAAGGGAAGAAGGUUGUCCUUUAUGGUGUGAUGUAUGAUGUUAUGAUCUUAAAUCUUUUGUGUUAUUUCCCAGUUAUAUCUAAAACUUCCUCUGGUUUUGCA